UUCUGUGUGGGUUCCAUGUCCUUCAGUUUAGUGGCUGGAUUCUGAUUUUACCCUCACUGAAAACACCUUGGAUUGUGGACUCGGGAUCGCUGCUUUACGUGCAGCCCUGAACACAAAACCUGCGUUUGUUUUGCGCGGAUUGUGUAGCGUGUUUUAUUAUAACUUUAUGCACGAAAUGGAAUGCAGAGUAUUGUCAAUUCAGAGUCAUGUUGUCAGGGGAUAUGUUGGCAAUAAAUCGGCAUCAUUUCCGUUACAGGUGCUGGGGUUUGAGGUGGAUUCAAUCAACUCGGUACAGUUCUCCAAUCAUACAGGCUACUCCCACUGGAAAGGCCAGGUGCUGACUGCGGACGAGCUACACGUUCUCUACGAGGGGAUCAAGCUCAACAACGUCCACCACUACGACUAUGUUCUCACAGGGUACACUCGAGACACUUCCUUUCUGGAGAUGGUUGUGGACAUCGUACAAGAGCUGAAGAGGGCCAAUCCUAACCUUGUGUAUGUGUGUGACCCGGUGCUGGGGGACCAUGGCUCCAUGUACGUUCCUGAGAACCUGCACCCGGUCUACAAGAACAAGGUGGUGCCAGUGGCCGACAUCAUCACACCCAAUCAGUUUGAAGCGGAGCUCCUGACAGGGAAGAACAUUAGCACAGAGAAAGAUGCAGUGGAGGUGAUGGACCUGCUCCACAAGAUGGGUCCUGACACGGUGGUCAUCACCAGCUCUGACCUGCCCUCGCGUCUGGGUGACCGCUUCCUUGUGUCCCUGGGCAGCCAGAGGACGUUGAUGCCUGAUGGUACCAAGUCCACCCAGAGGGUCCGUAUGGAAAUCCCCAAGGUGGAUGCUGUGUUUGUGGGGACAGGGGACCUGUUUGCUGCGAUGCUGCUGGCCUGGACUCACCACUACCCCAAUGACCUCAAGACUGCGUGCGAGAAGACUUUCUCAGUGAUGCAUCACGUUAUCAAGAGGACCAUCUCCUAUGCUCACGAGUUAGCAGGGCCUGGCCGAAAACCCAGCCCGCCUCAACUGGAGCUGAGAAUGGUUCAGAGCAAAGCGGACAUUGAGGACCCCGCCAUCGUGAUGGAGGCUACUGUCCUAACCCUAUAGAGACUCCACCCCCCAUCUCCCACCACCCCCCCGCGCCACAACCGCACAAUGUAUAGGUGUUGUACAUUUUGAUCUGUAAUGUGACAUUGCCUUAGAAAUCUCUUACAGAGCACAACAUUUCCAUAUGAGGAGACUUAGCAGGGUAUGGAUGGACAGACGGGGGGUGAGCAGAGGAGGGGAAGACCUGAGUGGGUCGGGGUGGGGGCUACUG